AUGGCUAGUGAACCUUCGAGCGCCACUAUAACCAGUGAACCUUCGACCAGCACUUCUGAAAUUCAAACAUAUACUUCUGAGCCUUCCCAACUCGAAGUACUUGCAUUAAAUUAUCUUCGAAAUCAAGAGAUUUCAAACUAUCCCCAGCAGAAUCCGAAACUCAAUCCUUGUACAGAAACAGAAUCUCUUACAUGCCCUUCGUGUAAUAUAAUCAUUGAGCUGACUAGAGAAGAAGCAGCACUCGCCUCUGGAAAAUAUCAUCUUCAGAAAAAACAAACUGACACUGGACAGGGUGAUGAGGAGCUCAUGGCUUCGCUAGGAUUGGUAGAAGAUGAAUCUCGUGCUGGACAAGGGAGUCAAUCGAAGCAAGUCACUAUGCAGGAUCACUCUCACUCGAAUAAGCUUCAAGCUUAUCUUAUUACGCGUAGCGAGGAGAGAACAGUAUUAUAUUCUGCACUUACAAGUUCCCGCAAAGCAGACGAAGAUAGGAUGUGUCUUUUAACAGAACUCUUGAAGAACAUAUCUGCUGAAAAUAAACCGAAGACCUUCCUUGUUCAAUCUUACAACAAUGAGGGUGAACAACUGUUUGGGAAAUUUGAAAAAUAUACGAUGCAUAGCAAUAACGAAUAUCGACUCUUUUUAAAGAGUGUCGGAGCGAAAGGACUGGAACUUAUAUCCGACGUCAUUGAUGAACCAGCGGUUGUUACCUCUUUCGAAUAUAUACUACCCGGUGAAAGAUAUAAAAUAAAUGCGUCCCAUCUGACAGUGGUCAGAAAGGGAAUUACCUGGUCGCAAAUUGAAGAUAAGGUUAUGGAAGACGAAUCGUUACUGGCAGUAAAGACCUUUCUUCACGAAAUGAUUAAGUCACAUGUGGAAAUCUUUCCGGAACGGAUAAUGUUUAAGAACAAAAAUCCGCUCAUGGAGUGGGAUGGGAUCCUCGUUUGCAACAAUAAGGUGUUUUUAAUCGAGGAAAAACAUCAAAUGACAGAUAAACAUGUUGAAAAAAUUCUUAGUCGAUUAAAUGAGUUCCCGAAUAUGCUUAAAGCUACGGAUAGUGUGAAAUUCAAAGAUUUGAUUGGAAAACAAUAUAUCGGCAUCGCCUGUGGCUCGUUAUAUCCUGAGAAGUUGAGAAGAAUGUCAAUAGAUAAAGGGCUAAUAGUUGUUUUCCCGAGUGGCAACCGUUACAAAGUAGAGGCUCCUCAUGAACUGAUGCGUGCUAUUAAAGUGUCUACUUGUCAAUUAAUGUGA